AUGGCUGCUGCCAACCCUUCGCUCUACGGAGCCCUACCGCAAGGACCUCCGCCAUUGAACAUGCGCCCGGAGCAGCAAGCUCAGGCUCAUGGUCUCCAUUCUGGAACAGACACACAGCAAAGCCCUAUUUCAAGUGAACAGUCCUUGAUGGUCGGUGCAGCGCGUGAUGUUCAAGCCGUUGGCAUAUCUGAGCUAGAGAUUGAGCCCUUCAUCUCUGACCCCAAGAGCAAGAAUGCCCAGACCUCUGAUAAUUGGUCUGGUGUUCUCACUCUCAGAGGGUCGUCGCCGCCAGCUCACAAGCCCUCUAAGGGUGUGAAUAUAGCCGCUCCGCUUCUCAUCGGCCCCCUCUCCCAAAGCAAAGUCAAUCCCUCCUCCAUGUGCCAGUGUCCAUGUCGCUCCAGCUCUCAAGGCACAUACUUUGUGCGAAGUCGCAUGGAUAUUGCACCGGGAAGAGCGAUCGAAAUGGAUUUCAAGGUGACUCCCGAAGCCCGUCCAGGCUUGGGUCAUCCCUUGCGUAGUCGCAUUCACGUCGUUAUCAAGAUGCUAAGGCUCCGUUCUUCCGUGGCGAAAUCGGCGAACGGCAAGCACAAGCAGGAGUCCCGCGCCGUUCUCACAGAGACUCGUGAAGUCCCACUGGAAUUAAUCGAAGCCGUGGAGCCCUUCGAGGAAGAAGAGAAAAAGAUCGAGCUCAUAUUCGAUCUUGAUUUGCAGUCAUCUCUCAAAAACCUCUCUCGCUGGACAAGAUUGCCCACCGGUAAUCCUUUCUCUGAUCUAUCGAUCCAGGAUCAGUAUCGAGUCUUCGUGUUCUUUAUGAGGUGCAUGCUUUUUGUCCUCUUUGUCAUUGCCUCACUAGCACGCGCGCAAGACUACGACUACAACUCGAAUCCCUGCUUGGUCAAAAGAAGACCUGGCCAACCACAAGACCACCUCUACCAGGUCGGCUAUUAUGAUUAUGAUACCCGGAACCCCCACAUGAUUUAUUGA